CCCCGAGCGGCCGAGCGAAGCGAACCGGAUUCUUCUCCUUCUUCUUCUCUUCUUCCUCUGCACGGAACAGCGCCGCGCCGUGGGGGGAAGCGAAGUCAGCCAUGGCGCCCGCCCCUCGCCUCCUCCCCCUACUCCCCCCUCUCGCGGCGCUGCUCCUCUGCGCGCACCUCGCCGUCGCGGUGGCGCGGCCGCGGAUGGAGCCGUGGGACAGCAGCGACAACCUCCUCCUGCCGUCGGAGCGGGAGUGGGAGCGGGAGCGGGAGCGCAGCGUGGAGGAUGAGGACGCCGCGGAGGCCGCCGUCGGGACGAGGUGGGCCGUCCUCAUCGCCGGCUCCAACGGCUACUACAACUACCGCCACCAGGCCGACGUCUGCCAUGCCUACCAGAUCAUGAAGAAGGGCGGGCUCAAGGACGAGAACAUCAUCGUCUUCAUGUACGACGACAUCGCGCACAAUUCGGAGAAUCCGAGGCCCGGUGUCAUCAUCAACCAUCCCCAGGGUGGCGAUGUCUAUGCUGGGGUCCCGAAGGAUUACACCGGGAAGGAUGUUAAUGUCAAGAACUUGUUUGCUGUUCUGCUCGGCGACAAAACUGCUGUCAGUGGUGGGAGUGGCAAAGUUCUGGACAGUGGCCCCAACGAUCAUAUUUUCAUUUUUUACAGUGACCAUGGGGGUCCUGGUGUCCUUGGGAUGCCAACCUAUCCAUACCUAUAUGGAGAUGAUCUUGUAGAUGUUCUGAAGAAGAAGCAUGCUGCUGGGACGUACAAAAGCCUGGUCUUUUACCUUGAAGCCUGUGAAUCCGGAAGCAUCUUUGAGGGUCUAUUGCCUGAUGACAUCAAUGUUUAUGCCACCACUGCGUCAAACGCAGAUGAGAGCAGCUGGGGGACAUACUGCCCCGGGGAGUACCCGAGCCCACCUCCGGAGUACGACACAUGCCUGGGGGACUUGUACAGCGUUGCUUGGAUGGAAGACUGCGAUGUCCACAACCUGAGAACUGAAUCACUCAGGCAGCAAUACAAUCUGGUCAAGGAAAGGACAUCUGUUCAGCACACGUAUGACUCUGGUUCACAUGUGAUGCAAUACGGUUCUAUAGAGCUGAAUGCCCAUCAUCUGUUCUUGUACAUGGGUUCCAAUCCUGCUAACGACAAUUCUACGUUCGUGGAAGAUAACUCAUUGCCAUCGUUCUCAAGGGCUGUUAAUCAGCGGGAUGCUGACCUGGUUUACUUCUGGCAGAAGUACCGGAAAUUGGCUGAGGGUUCUCCUGAGAAAAAUGAAGCUCGGAAGCAAUUGCUUGAAAUGAUGGCACAUAGGUCUCAUGUUGACAACAGCGUUGAGCUGAUCGGAAAUCUUCUCUUUGGCUCUGAGGAAGGUCCACGGGUUCUAAAGGCUGUUCGUGCAACUGGUGAACCUCUGAUUGAUGACUGGAGCUGUCUCAAGUCUAUGGUGCGGGCUUUCGAAGCACAAUGUGGCUCACUGGCGCAGUACGGAAUGAAGCACAUGCGGUCCUUUGCAAACAUCUGUAUUGCUGGCAUCUCUGCUGAAGAGAUGGCAAAGGUUGCCGCACAGGCUUGCACCAGCAUUCCCUCCAACCCAUGGAGUUCCACCCAUAGGGGCUUUAGUGCUUAAAUCAUAGGUGAUGGAAAUUUAGCAAAUAUUUCAGCUUCUGCAACAUACCCAAUUAUCUUCUUUUGCCCAUUGGGACAGUAGUGCUUGAACCUUAGGUGAAGUCUGAAGAACAGUGCGCAUUAUUUCAGAUGUUCCACCAUACCAGAUCACCUAUAUUCUCGAUCUCUGGUGUACAUACCAUAGCAGGAAAGUGGUUUGGCAAUAUUACCUGCCAUCAUCGCUGUACAUACUUAUAGCUUGCUAUGUGUAGUUCGUAGUUACAUAUAAUAUGAUAAAUGCAUUGCUGCUAUUUUUUACAUCGCUUUAUCAA